AUGUCGCAGCCGCCUUAUUAUGGUCAACCGCCGCCGCAAGGCUACGGUGCCCCGCCUCCGGGUGGGCCCCCGAACACCGGCGCGCCGUAUCAACAAUACCCACCUCCGGGACCUCCCCCGGGCCAAGCACCGGGCCAAGCGCCGGGUCAGGCGCCAUACCAGCAGCACCAGCCAUACUAUGGCUAUCAACCUGCGCCCGUAAGCCCGCAACCCGGCGGCCAAUACCAGCCUCCCCCGCCCGGCGGCCAGCCAGGUCAAUACCAAAACCAGCAAUACCCCCCGAACGCGCAAUAUGGUCAACAACCGCCGCCUCAAAACGUUCCGUAUGGUCAGCCUCCUCCCCAAGGCGCUCCAUACGGCCAACCUCCUCCGCAGGGCGCUCCGUACGGCCAACAGCCUCCUCAGCACGCGCCGUAUGGGCAGCCUCUGCCUUCGAACGCGUCAUACGGCCAGCAGCCUCCUCCCUCCGGCCAGUACGGUCCGCAGCCUCCAUACGGCCAACAGCAAACGGGCUACGCCCCACCGCCUCCCCAAGGUUACCCUGGACAACAGCAGUGGCAGGCUCCUCCUCCGCAACACCCUCCGCAUGGCACCUCCGGAUAUGGGGCCCCGGGGUAUAGCGCCCCGCCGGUUCAACCCACGCCUGCAUCCCAAGGCUAUGACGUGGGCCAGAAAGCCUAUGCCCAACCCGUCCACACCGCUGUCGACGUCGAGGACCUACGCCGCGCCAUGAAGGGCAUGGGCUGCGACGAGAAGGCCCUGAUCCGAGUUUUCACUAAGCCAGCGUACGCCAACCCUUGGGCACUGCAGCAGCUGGUGCGGGACUACAACAGUCGCUUCCUCCGCAACCUGAUCGAAGACAUCAAGAGCGAAACCCGCAGCGACCUCGAGACGGCGCUGCUGGCUCUCUUGCGCGGUCCCCUUGGGCACGACGUCUACCUGCUCGACAAGUCGCUCAACCGCCUGGGCACGGACGAGGACACGCUCAUGGACGUGCUGCUGAACCGAAGCAACGCCGACAUACGCGCCAUCGCGGCCGAAUACAAGCGCACAACGCACCGCGAGCUGCUCACAGACAUCAAGGAGGACGUGGACGACGCGCUGUUCCGGCUGUGCAGCAUGUUGGUGGCGGGGACGCGGGCCGAGGACGCGGCGCCGGUGCUGCCGCACGAGGUCGACGCCAAGGUCACGGAGCUGCAGCGCGCGACCGAGGGCAUGAUCGGGGCCAACGCCGUGUCGGUGGCCCAGAUCUUUGCCAGCAGCAGCAACGCCCAGAUCGCCGCCCUCGCCGACGCCUACCAGCGCAAGUACCACCGAUCCCUGGAGGAGGUCAUUGAGAAGGAGUUCCGCGGCGACAUGGAGGACGCCCUGCUGCGCAUGCUGAUGGCCGGUCAGAACCGCGCCUCGUCCGAUGCUAUGCGGCUGCGCGAGUCGCUGACCAAGAGUAAGGACAAGCUGUUCAUCAAUCGCAUGGUCAGCCUGUACUGGGACCAGCCACGGCAGGCGGCGGCGAAGGAGGCGUAUCGGAGGAAGUACGGGACGUCACUGGCGAGGGAUGUGCGGGAUUUGCUGAAGGGUGAUUUGGAGGAUAUGAUGCUGGCACUGCUACGGGAGAAAUAG